AUAUAGCACAAUAUUGAGAUUGACAACCCACUUCGGUCUAGCCACCGAAGAUCACGUGUGCAAUAUGUACCAAACCUAUCGACGCCACCACGCUACUGCGGCGGCUACAUUCUAAUACAUACCGACACAGUGAGAAUUGCCAGUGGACAGCAGUGGACUCGGAAAUGGUGUGCACGCCUUGUUCACGCUCCGCAGAGAAGUAUGAUCAUGAACACGCCAAGCAGCGUCCGGAGGUCCUCUAUGUAUUUCCCAAAGUAGCCAGCUACUGCCGGACUGUCGCCGACUCACGACGCGUCGCUUCGGCAUUGUUGCCGUCAAGCACGACUCAUGAGAUGGCCACGGCUAUAUUUCAUACAUGGUCUUCGGGCUGGAAGGGUGGUCCCCGAGGCUGUCUCCCCCCAAUCCUACUAGAAGGCUACAGCUCGAGCGCGUAUCUGAGGCCGCGCAGUCAUCACCAUGGCCAAACCCGGAGCUGAGGCCUCGGUGCAAUCAUCGUCCAAGGGUAGAAUGCUGAGCCUCAUCUGGAAAGAUGCGCCUUUCUGGACGGCGAGCAUCAGUGCAGGGGCGACCUUCGUUGCCGCCGUUGCGUUCAGUCCCUUGUAUCGCAGGUGGAACACGACGCUCACGCGUCGGGAUAUCCUGCGCAAGGCCGUGACCAGCUCCGCCGGCGCAGGAUGUGUCGGAUACGCUUUCGGGCACACGUUUCGGUACUCCGUGGAUUGGGCACUCGACGAGAACAACGGCACGAUCAGCGGAGUGUACGGCACUCUCUUGAAGACCAACAGAUCCGAGUUCCUCGCAUCCCACCCCGGGAACUCCAACUCCGUUAGACUCAUCGACGGCCCCGAGAAUGCGCCAUCCCCACCGCUGUCUAUAUCCGAGAGGAUAUUGACUGCAUGUUAUCAAUCCACAACGACUUCGAAAUCGCUCCAGAGCAUGCGACGCUACUUGGAACACGACCUAUUAGCAAGCGGGGUUUCCCAACGAGAUGCAGAUAUCGCCAUCACGUACGCAGCCAGUGGACUCGAUUAUGGUCUAGUGUGGGCGCUCCCUGCCAUCCCUCUCUUCACCGCAUUGAGUAUGGGACGAGACUCUGGAAGAGCCCAUUACCGUUCCGCUCUAUAUCGAGCACCGUCUGUGCCGCGCGUACUCAUGCUGGCCGAUUAUCUACUCAUUGGGAUGGCCAUCCACGCAGGUUUGACGGUUCUGGAAACCACUUACGUUGAUUCCAUCCAGAACAAGGCCGCUGUCGCUGCUGUACUACGUCAGAAGUUCCGCAAAGAGCUGAAGAGCUAAAGCCAUAGUGCCCUGGUACUCAACCCACCGCUCUCACUUACCUUGUUGUCGACGUGCUGCUAUACUGACUGUUGAUCGCACUGCUCUCGUGCUUUGUAAUAUUGCUGAUGCUGCCCGUCGAAUCCUGAAUGAAAUACCAUCCCACCUCGUGAACCUCAGAUACUA